AUGGAUGCAUCUAGUGUUACAAGACAACGUUAUAAAUUAAACUUUGAUCGUCAUUCUAAACAACGUCAUUUUAAAAUAGACGACAAAGUGUUAGUUCGUGAUUUUAGAAAAAAUCCAAGGGAAGUGGAAUGGACAUCAGGUGUACUUAUUAAUCGUAUAGGUUCUCGUCUUUGGUCUGUAAAAGUUAGAAAACAAAUAUGGCGUCGUCAUGAAAAUCAAAUUAGACAGCGGUAUUGGUCUACUGAUGACGAUCUUAUAGUUACGCAUAAAACAACUGAAUCAGCUGAUUGUGAUGACGAUUCAUCAUCAUUUUCUCCACCUGAUCAACAGUCGAAAGUUUUACGACGUUCAUCACGUACUAGAAAACCAGUACAUCGUUUGAUCGAACAAAUUUAA